ACAUUAAAUCUGUGAUCUUUUGGAACGGAAGGGUCGGAAGAUAAAUUAUCACGUUUUUGAUGAAAUUCACUAACACUCUCUGAUUUUAAUUUAUAACUUUACUCAAAGGAGAAAUUUUCUGGAUCCUCAAUUGUUUUACUUUUCACAUGUUACGUUUAUCUAAGGCUAUCUUAAGGACAAAUUGUCCAUUAAACAGAAAAAUUUGCACUUCUACUAUUAGUCGAGGGGUUUGGGAACCGGAUUAUAUAAACCAGCCACCAGAAAUACCUGAAUAUCAACCUUUAAAUAUUCAGUUAAGAGGCUACGAUUAUGUUACAUUGGAAUCGUUUGCAAGAUAUGCGCACAGAUUAUCUGACAGAUUAGGACUAGACGUUGAAGUUUAUCCUGUUCCACCAAGAACAAAUUCUGUCAAUGUCUUUAAACCGAAUUCAACGAAAGUGGCAGAUACUUACAAACUAUCUAAUUAUGAAAGAAUAAUUCGUCUUCUGAAAAUGCCGUCUAAUGUAGCACCAAUAUUGCUUGACACUCUCCAGUGUAAUAUGCCGGAAGGAGUCUCGAUGACCGUAAAAGAGCCGCAAGAGGAUGAAGAUGAGUUUCGUUAUGUUCCUGAUCUUAUGUUACAAGAUUUGUUUCAACAAGUUGCAGAAAUUGACAAAACAAGGGAAGAUAGGAAGAAAAAAUAG